AUGUCUAAUUUCCGAGUCAUCAUCAUUGGUGGUGGUCUAUCAGGCCCCCUUCUUGGGAACGGUCUUUUGAAAAACGGGGUAGACUUCGUUCUGUAUGAACGUGACUCUGAGGACUCCAAGUACGAAGGGUAUCAGAUCAGGCUGGGAGAUGGGGCAAUGAGAGGAUUUUCAGCUUGUCUCACACAAUCGCACACAGAAGCCAUCUUACGCAAGCUUGGAAAGUCGGCCAACUCAGCUCAGACUGCGCCAUCAAUUUUUACGUCAAGGUUUGAGCAGCUGGUCGACUUUUCGAAAGUACCUUCCUACAGCAAAUCUUCGGCCAUUAACCGAGUAGUUCUGCGAGACCUUCUAAUGGAACCGAUCAAAGCCAGCAAACGAGUUCGAUACCAGAAGGAGUUCUCGAGCUACGAAAUCAUUCACGACAAAGACGGCUCGGAAAAGGUCAAGGUCAAUUUUCGAGAUGGGUCGUCUGAUACCUGCGACGUACUCAUUGGUACCGAUGGCAGUCGCUCAAAGAUCAAUCGACAAAUCGGAUUAAAUAACUUGGUAACUCUCAAGUCGCACUGGGGAUUUCUGGUAAAGGGCAAAUUGCCGUACACUCGUGUGCUUGAACUGCCUGAACAUUUGCGAAAGGGACCAAUUAUCGUGCUUUCGAAGAGAGUAUCAUUGUACUAUGCUCUAUACCUUCCAGAGGAUUUUAGUGGCUCAAGAUCUUUCAACGACACUAAGAGCGUCAUUUCUUACGACGAAUCUGCAGCAUCAUACUACUGGGGACUGAACGUUCCCGUGGAAAUGAUUCCAGACAAUAAAAUCGAGAACGUCAAGGAUCGCAGACAAUUCUGUCUAGAUGUUAUCAAAGAUUGGGCUCCUGAGUAUCAUCAGAUGCUCAGCGUUGGCAAAGGCGACGAGGGAGCAUCGGAUAUGCAUGUUACUAUGAUCACAGCUAGCACUGAGCCAAGCUUGAAGUGGCGCGAGAAAGUUCAGAAGGGAGCAGUCGCUGGUGAAGGACACCCACGAGUUUGGCUUGCCGGAGACGCAAUCCACGCAAUGCAACCCAAUCGCGGUCAAGGCGGCAAUCAGUCUUUGUCCGACUGCGCGGAUCUUCUUCCUCAGCUGUUAAACCUCCAUUCACUGUCCAAAAAGACGUCAAGGCCUCCACCUAACCAAGCCAUUAUAACAGCUUGUGCGGAAUAUGAGGCAGCUAUGAUUCCUCGAGCCUUCAACUGGGUUCGAAAAAGUGGAGGCAGCAGUUAUCCGAACAUUGAUUUCGACGGCUGGAUGGGAACUCUUCUGAAAGUCGCCUCAUUCGUUUUGCUGCCGUUGUUGCAAAUGUAUAACCGAUUGACGGCGAACGCAGGCAACUAG